AUGCAUAGGAGGAAACCAAUUCGUGACAAGCAGAGAGCCUUCAAGCAACAGCCACACCACAGAAUCAUCCCACCGCUUCCGCCGCCCCGGGUGAACACGGGAACAAGAGACCAUCGCUCGUAUGCACAAGAAAUGGGGAUUCAAAAGGAGACUCAGCUGGUAAGUGAACCUCCUAUUAGACUCAACUCCAACACACAAAUGAAAGAAUGGCUAAAGAAGAAGACUUUGAUUGGUGAAGCCCACAGUCUAGACCACAUUAGUAACCUCCCGGCCUCCCUGUUAAGAAACGAUGACACGAAAUACCUGGGAGGAUUAACCAUAGCUCUAGGUUUCAGCAACUCGAUGGAUGCUAGAGAGUUCCUAGAAGAUAACAACAGAUGGAAUGAGUGGUUCAAGUGGUUGAUGCUAGCAGAUCAAGAAGAGAGGCCAUAUGAAAGAACGGCAUGGCUCAAAAUCCUUGGACUACUGUUAAGAUUAUUUGAUGAGGAGAACUUCUCCAAGAUUGCUGGUAGAUUCGGGAAAGUGAUAUCCCCAUUUGACAAGAUACGUACAAGAAGAGGUUACUCCAUGGGUAAGGUGGGAGUUAUAACGUCUCAAAGAAAGUGGAUAAAUGAAGAAAUAUCUAUCAUGGCAGAUGGGAAGUACUACAAGCUUGGUGUAGUAGAAUAUACGGAUGACUGCUCCCCAUUCCACCCGCUGCCGUUCGACAAAGUGGUAGAAGAUUCCGACGAAGAUGAGAUUGGCUCGUCAGAGGAGGAAUCUGAUGAUGAAGGAGUCUUAGAAACGUGGAUAGGAGAAAAUACAGAGGCGGAAGAAGGAGAAAUUGUACAUCCGACACAACCUGUUAGGCGCCAGGAAGACGACAAUGAUAUCCAGGUAACCGGAAAUUCGAAUCAUGACUGCCUGAAGACCAUAUCACCGGCUGUAUUGGGGGAUGAACCUGAAAUUAAUGACUUCAUUAAUUCCUGUAAUGCAACGAGUACUCUCCCCAUAAACAUGGAGUCGGUUGAGAUUCUCAAAAAUAAGAAUGUUGAGGUAUUGGGAUUUGAUCCAUGCGUGGCAGAAGAUAGUUUUAAUGGCACGAUAAUGAAUGAUAAAAUUACGGAUGAUCAGAGGGAUGGAUGGACGUUAAAUACCUCUUUUGGGCCAUCUCAAAAUAUGGUCCAUUUCGGGUGUUUUGGGUCGUUCCCAAAUCCUUUUCAGGCAACAAAAACAAAGUUAGCCCAAAUAAGACCUUUACGGAACCUAAGCAAUAAUUCUAGAUCUCCUAAUAUCUACAGCCCAACUACGAAGAAAAGAAAAAAUACUCCACCAACAUAA